UAAAUUGGAAAGCAUUACACGAAAGCGGACUUGGACUUUGACAUUUCAAUCAACUAGAUUUUAAACUGUAAUCGAGUAGGAAAUUGAGACAAUCAGGACAAGAACAGCUUUAUAGCUGUUGACCCUGAACCAACGUAGACUUGUAGUUCCUACUCUCCCUUCGAACAAAACGAUACAAAUCUAAAAAUGUCUGAAAAAAGCAGCCCAAUUAAAUACUUUUUAAGUGGUGGAUUCGGUGGUGUAUGCACAGUGUUAGCUGGUCAUCCCAUGGAUACAGUGAAAGUAAGAUUGCAAACUAUGCCACUGCCGAAGCCGGGCGAAACGCCUUUGUACAGCGGUACUUUCGACUGCUUCAAGAAGACUAUCAACAAGGAAGGUUUUCGUGGUUUGUACAAGGGCAUGUCGGCGCCCUUGACCGGGGUAGCGCCCAUUUUCGCGAUCAGUUUCUUCGGAUUCGGGCUCGGUAAGAGGCUGAUAGCUCGUUCUGAGGACCAGGUGCUUUCUAAGCCAGAGCUGUUCGCCGCGGGUGCCUUCUCGGGGAUCUUUACGACGUCUAUCAUGGCGCCCGGUGAGCGGAUCAAGUGCCUGCUGCAGAUCCAGCAGGGUGGCAACGCGCCGCAGAAGUACGCUGGCAUGGUUGACUGCGCCAGACAGUUAUACCGGGAGGGCGGCAUAAGGAGCAUCUACAAGGGCAGUGUAGCAACUAUUUUAAGAGAUGUGCCAGCCAGUGGUAUGUACUUCAUGACCUAUGAAUGGGUGAAAGAAGUGUUGGUGCCGGCCGAUGCGAGCUCUAAAAUGAAAAUGCUGGCCACUAUAGUUGCUGGUGGUUGCGCUGGGAUAGCUAACUGGCUUGUAGGCAUGCCAGCUGAUGUGUUGAAGAGUAGGCUGCAGACGGCACCUGAGGGAACAUAUCCUAAUGGUAUGCGAGAUGUGUUCAAGCAGCUCAUGGAACGAGAAGGCCCGACAGCCCUGUACAAAGGUGUAACUCCCGUUAUGCUCCGAGCGUUCCCGGCAAAUGCAGCAUGCUUUGUUGGCUUUGAGCUAGCCAUUAACUUCUUGGACUGGGUGGCACCAAAGCUUUGAUAGUGUUAUAAGAAACUAGAUCAACAAGAAUUAUUUGUACAGUAUACUAGUAUAAGAUUCCUCUAAGUUUUAAAUACAAUGUACUAGAAAAAUGUAAAUCAGAUAUAUUUUUUGGCUCGAUUCAUGACAGUGCUAGUUGCACUUGAUGCCAAAAUAAACAAGCUUUAUUUGGCAGGUAGUAUUUGUAAGAGAUCAUGUUUAUUUUUUACUACUAAUUGUUUACAUCACUGCCUAAUGUUAUUAGGAGAUAUUUAAAAUAAAACGUAUAUAAUUACUUGAUUCCUCCCUUAUAAAGCUUAUCAGUUUUGAUAAAUAUCCUCAGUGCUAGGAUUCUAUUGUAUACUAAAGUAUAUAACCUAAGUGCUUGAAGAACGAAACUGUUUAGCAUUAUAAAGGUCUCGACCUAAGCCAUAAAUAGUGAUAUAUUUUUAAUUAUGUAGUUGUUUUAUUUAGCAUUGAUAUUUUUAAUGUUAUUACAGACAAUAUAAUAUAACAGAUUAUAUGACAGAUAUGGUUUAAGUGCCUUGUAUUACACAUAUUUACCAUGA